UGGAGCCGACGUCCCCCACCAGCCUCCCUCGGGCACCCCCUCUGGCGCCCCGGCGCCCCUUCCCGAGCCCUCUGUGCAUCCCCGCCCGCGCCCGCGCCCCGGAGGCGAGCGUGUCCUUAUAUGGGCAGUGGCUGGCGGGGGCUGCGGGCGAGCGGGAGGCAGCUCCACUCGGCGUCGGCGCAGCCUCAGCCCCGCCGCCCGCUCCCCGCCGAGAGCCGCCGCGGCUUCUGGGAAGCUGUGAGUCAAGAUGGCCGAACGAUUUGACUGCCACCACUGCGAGGAGUCGCUCUUUGGCAAGAAGUACAUCCUGAGAGAGGAGAGUCCCUACUGUGUGUCAUGUUUUGAGGCUCUCUAUGCCAGCACAUGUGAGGAGUGUGGCCACCUCAUUGGCUGCGAUUGCAAGGACUUGUCCUACAAAGACAGGCACUGGCAUGAAGGCUGCUUCCACUGCUCGAGGUGCAAGCACUCACUGGUAGACAAGCCCUUCGCAGCCAAGGAGGACCAGUUGCUCUGCACUGACUGCUACUCACACGAGUACUCCUCCAAAUGCGAGGAGUGCAAGAAGACCAUCAUGCCAGGCACCCGCAAGAUGGAAUACAGGGGCAGCAGCUGGCAUGAGACCUGCUUCAUCUGCCACCACUGCCAGCAGCCAAUUGGAACCAAGAGCUUCAUCCCCAAGGAUAGCCAGAAUUUCUGCGUGCCCUGCUAUGAGAAGCAGUAUGCCCUGCAAUGUGUCCAAUGCAACAAGCCCAUCACCAGCGGAGGGGUGACUUACCGCGAGCAGCCUUGGCACAAGGAGUGCUUCGUGUGCACAGCCUGCAAGAAGCCACUUUCUGGGCAGCGCUUCACAUCCCGGGACGAGUUUGCCUACUGCCUCAGCUGCUUCUGUGACUUGUACGCAAAGAAAUGUGCCGGGUGUACCCACCCCAUCAGCGGACUUGGGGGUACAAAGUACAUCUCCUUCGAAGAGCGGCAGUGGCAUAACGACUGCUUUAACUGCAAGAAGUGUUCCCUGUCCCUGGUGGGCCGAGGCUUCCUCACUGAGAGGGAUGACAUCCUGUGUCCUGACUGUGGAAAGGACAUCUGAGCACUGUGUGUGGAUUGCUGUGUUUUAUCCCUCCUCCGGGCCUCAGCGAGUUCUGGUCCCACUGGCCUCCUGGAGACUUUCCUCUUGUGCUUCUUCCAUAGCGAUGUGCACGUGUCUCAGGGCUUCUGCCCUUUGCACAAGGUUUCAUCCCAAGAAAGGAAACCCCUCCCCCAUUAUGUAGACCCUCGGCGGGGGGUGGGGUGGGGGAGUUGAAUUUCAUAAGCCAAUGUAAAGAAAAAAAUGCCUUUUGAAUGUCUUUAUAAAUGUCUUUCUCUCACUGCAUAUUUCAUUUCUAAAGCAAUGAAUAGGUCACGAACUUGAAUGUUUUCCAAAUCACAUAGUAAUCAAGAGCUGGUAUUCACAACUAUGUCACUUCCUGUCAAGUAAAGCAAGAUGAUCUGACUUACAAUAAAGUUAUCCAGAGUAAACCCUUUAA